AUGUAUGGACUUGAGUCCUCUACAAAGGUGACUGACCCAUUUACGUCGAUUGAAUGCGACAAGGAAAAGCAACCUGCUUUAGGCACCGCCACCGAGACUGUCCGUACUCUGCGAGCCGACGUUUCUCGCGAGAAUGUGAUCAUCUCCAAGCCGCCGUUGUUCCAGCAGGAACGUAACACCCAUACGCAAGCUGUCCGCGAGAUUGCAGAAGCCGUUUUGGCACGCCUGGAACUUCCACCUCAGGCCAAGUCCGACUAUGAGUCCACCUUUUCCAGCCAUUGGUGGCAGGCCCUAGAGAACAUCGACGCCUACGCCCGCCCAUAUGCGGAUAUGCUCGCCUGGGCACACUACUAUCCUAGCUUGUCCUAUAAUAAUUUUGUUAUGGGGGGUCUCAAGCACCCUGACAAGCUAGCACCGUCUACGAACAUAUUCCUCAACGGCGAACAACAGACAGUUUCCGUGAUGGGUGGCGCCAUUGAAAAAAUCACAAUACAGGAUGAUCUUGCAAGCAAGCUAUAG